UCCAAGGCCAGUGGGAGAAGGACUGGAAACUUCAGAACAACUAAGGAGGGCAGUGUGUGGAGAGGGCACUGGACUGGGCCUGUGAUGAGCACCAUGGAGCUGGGACUCCUCGUCUUAGUCACGCUGGCUGGGUUUGGCUCUGGUGAGGAGGAGGAAGGAAGCUUGGACACAUACUGGUCUGGCACGGCCCCCAUCUGCAUGGGGGGCUGCAAAGGGAAACACAAGGAGCUGAAGAGGAGCCAGUGUGGGAAUGGCAGCUGCUGCUGGCUGGGAUACAAAUCCUUCUGUCGAGUGAACUGCGGGCGGCCAGAGGCAGACUUCAAUUCCAUGGUCUACGGCAAUGACUGGUGGGUGGGCUCUGUGGUGCGCUACGGCUGCCGACCCGGCUUCCUGCUGGUGGGGGACCCAGCCAGUGCUUGCCAGUCCGAUGGCCACUGGACACCUAAACCCACCUGCCUCCGGGUAUGCCUGCGGGGCCGGAUCGAGAUUAAUGAGCGGGACAUCGACGGCAGCUGCUCCUCCACCUGCACGGACAAGACUCACCUCGGGGCCUUCCUCAACCACGGCUGCAUCAAGAUCUCCAACUGCGUCACCAAGCAGUGGGGCUGGACCCGCUGGUUCGCGCGCUGCGACUUCUGCGAGUGCGACUGCUACGUCCCCUGCUCUUCCUCCGGGUAGAGAUCUGGGGUGGAUGGAUUCGUGGGGAGCUGUUCAGCUGUGAAGGGGAGCUCCGUCCCAGGAGGGGCAGCAGCCAGCCUGAUGCUCACUGCACAGUAGGCUACCAUACUGUGCCUCUCCCCGUCGGGCCAGACUCCUCCAUCCAUCUGUUCCCAUCGCGCCCUUGGCACGAUGCUGGCAGUGUGCUCGCGGAAGUGCGUGGUUGUGUCUGUCUCCUGGGCUGGAACCGUUUGCCAGCCUGUCUUGUUGGGGUGCAGCAUCUGCAGAGGAAAGGACUGCCUCCCCCAUAACUUAACCCUUUGCACCCUGCUUUGUUCCAAACAAGCACGUAAGGGGAUGGGUAUAUACAGUCAUCUUCCUGCUCUGCAGGGGGUUACGCUGUGGGAGCCAGGGACCAGAGUUCCAAAGAACAGGAAUGGGAGCCAAGGACUCCAGUCUUGCCCUCUUCUGAGACCAUGGGCAAAGGACAACACCGAUCUCUGCCUCAGUUUUCCCAUAUGCUUAAUGGGGAUGAAUAAUACCCAGCACUGGGUGUGGGGGCAUGUGGGGAUUCGCUGUCCCUAACGAUCUUUGAAUGAGGAACGUCAUUAUCUCAGUGCUGCAGAUUGCUACAGCCUCCCCCGUUGCCUCUCGCCAGAGCUGGAGUCUGCGUGGACAGGUUCCAUUGGCAGCAGGUGCAGUGAACCAAACCAGCUGGCCAAAAGGGACUGCCCCUCCCUCCCUCCCACCUGCAUGCCUGCCCUGGCGAGUCCCAAUCCCUAUCAAGGCAGAGGGGCAUGAGCAGAGAGGAGCGGGGAGCAGAGGCCUUCAGCCUAAAGGAGCUUUAGUCGGGGGCAAACUGUGUAAAAGGUGAAUUGUUCUGCAAGUGUCACCUUUGGCAGGGGAAAUGCACCACCCACAGCAAGAAGGGAGAGGGAGCAGCUGUUCUACGUGGGGGAGAGGGUUGCUCCUGCCCUAAUAUGGGAUUAGGCACCAGUUUCCUCUUCUGACGCAGGGGGAUGGAAGGCAGUUGAAGGGAAUCCCCUUCCUUGCCUGCUUUUCUGUGAUGCCAUGCUACUCCCUGGCACCCAGCAGCCUCUGUCAAAUUUUCUCCCUCACCUAGCAGUUGGGGAGGGUCUGUGGGACACAAAGGCCUCAGCCAGUGGUGUUCUCCCUCCUGGCCUCAUAUGGGGUAGGCAUGGGGAAGGUGAGGAUUAAACGCUGGGUAUGGUGAAUGCUGCUCCUGCCCUAGGGGCAUUGUCUCUGUCCCCUGGCUCCAAGCCUGUGACCAUCACUCCAAUAAAUCUGUCUAGAGGUG